CUUUGAAUUGGAAGACUCUUAUUUUCAUUGCGGUUCUUCUGUUGGAGAAGCGCGACGAUAAAAUACAAUUUGAUUUUCAGUUGGUUUUAUCACAUUACAUUAGUUUAGUUUGAUUAGUUUGUUUGACAAAAGCGAACCGUCAGCUUUAAGAUGAUUAAAUUUCAACUUAUAACAUUAUGCUUAUUGCUAUCAACUAUCAGCAUUGUAAAAGCGGCUGAAGUGUGGAAUCGUCACCGAUAUGAUGGACAUCAUGUGUGGUCUGCCAUAGAUGACUGCGUCAGUAAGUAUUUCAAUGGCAAGGCUGCUAUUGAUAGAUUGAGCCAUAAUAUCAAUGGAUCAUAUGCUAUAUGGCUAGACAGUGGAAACAAUGUAGAAAAUGAUGUUGAUGAAGCAAUUAGUGAGCAGAUUUCUGAAUGCAUUCAGCAGCAGUAUCAAAAUGUUUCAGUCUAUGUGUUUUCGCAUAAUUCUUAUGCUAUAGUGUCUUCCUAUGAUGAUUACCAUGAGAUUAAGGAACACUAUGACUGGUUUAGUCGUGGGUACCCAGAAGAGUAUGACCCAUUUCAUCCUGAAUCCGAUACAGAAGGGUCCGACGUACCAUCACUAGAACCUGAACUCCAUGUUAGAGGGGGGAAGGUACCUGAUAACUUAGGCGAUCCUAUGUACUACAGACCAUUGAUAGAACUGAUCUGGUAUCGUGUUAGGGAUGCAGUAAAUAGAAUAUUAGGUAGACAGGGGUAUGAAUGUGGCACAUGCUACAGCAUUGAAGGACCAAUUCCAAAGAGCUUUGAAUAUUAUAACGAUGCUGGCUACGAAGUAGACUUGAUGUGGUGGCCUCACCAUGAGUGUAGAUCCAGGUCACCAGAUGGUACCAGAAAACAGACUGGACAAAAGUUGAAGAUGAAGAGUAGGCAUACAAACAAAGAAAACCGAACAUUUAUGGGGAUAACAAAUGACAAGCUGGAAGUUAAAGGAAAUUUAAAAUUGCCAGUAGAAAUAAAUAAUCGGAAAUUUUAUGAGACAUUCAUAAUUACGCCAACUUCCGAAAAUGAAGCCAUCAUUGGAUGGACCCUUCUUAAAAAUUGGGAAAUUUAGACUUUUUAUAUGGCGAAACGAAUCUGGAAAAAGACCAGACAUAUAACAAAAACGAUGCGAAAGUUCAAGAAAUAUUAAAGCCGUUUGCUAAAGUGUUCACGGAAAACACUAAAAUACCGUUGCCCCAACACUCGAAUAGUGAUUUAAAAAUUGAAUUAACACAAGAAUUACCAGAUUAUACCCCAAAGUUGAGACAAUACACACAACGUGAAAAAUCGGUAAUAAACGAAAAGGUGCAAGAAUUAUUAGCUCAAGGGCGAAUCCGCGAAAGUUCUUCAAAUUUUAUGUGUGCACCAUUAAUAGUUCCAAAGAAGGGAACAGAUAAGUAUCGCAUGGUUAUAAACUAUAAGCCGCUGAACGCGAUCACAAGAAAGGAUAAUUAUCCAUUACCGAGUUUCGAAGAAAUUAUAAACUGGCUAGGCGGAGCCAAAAUCUUUAGUACAAUCGAUUUAAAAGAGGCCUAUCAUCUACUUAGAAUCAAGGAAGGUGACGAACACAAGACUGCAUUCCGAACACAUUUUGGAGCAUACGAAUAUACAGUCAUGCCAUUUGGAUUAACAAAUGCGCCAGCAAAUUUUCAGAGAUAUAUUAACAAAGUGUUACUUCCUUUUAUUGGCAUAUUUGUUAUCGUUUAUUUAGACGAUAUUCUCGUAUUUUCAUCAUCAGAAAAGGACCAUGAAAAACAUUUGCAACAGGUUUUCGAAAGAUUACAGAAAGCUAACCUAUACGCAAACCGAGAAAAAUGUCAUUUUUUCAGAAACAAAGUAAAGUUUCUAGGCCAC